AUGGCCAACCGAAGGUCCUCCGUUCAUGAUGGCCCGGCCAAUCCGGAUUCCGCUCUGGAAAAUAUGGGGUACAAAAGCGAGCUGCCAAGAUCUUUGAGCAUGAUGAGUAUUUUAGGCUUGUCUUUUGCUAUCAUGGCUGUUCCCUUUGGAUUGUCUACUACCAUGGCAAUUUCCCUAACGGAUGGCCAAUCCGUCACUGUACUCUAUGGGUGGGUAUUUGUCUCCAUCAUCUCGCUUUGCAUAGCAGCGUCCUUGGCCGAGAUUUGUGCUGUCUUUCCAACUGCCGGUGGUGUGUAUUACUGGUCGGCAAUGCUCUCCACAAAGGAAUAUGCACCCAUCGUGAGUUGGGUAGAUGGAUGGUUAGGCUUAGUCGGCAACUGGACUGUCACAUUGAGCAUCAACUUCUCGGGCGCGCAGUUGAUUUUAUCAGCCAUCUCACUUUGGAACGAGGACUUUGCUGCUUCACAAUGGCAGACCGUUCUCAUGUUCUGGGCUGUCAUGGCAGUUGCAUUCUCGGUGAACGUGUUUGGAGCCAAGUAUCUGGACUUGAUCAACAAGAUAUGCAUUUACUGGACGGGAGCGUCUGUGAUCAUAAUCAUUGUCACGGUUCUAGUUAUGUCAGAUGAUCGUCGAAGUGCCGAAUUUGUAUUCUCUCAUUUCGAUGCUUCUGCAAGCGGAUGGCCUUCAGGAUGGGCUUGGUUCGUGGGGCUGCUUCAAGCUGCAUAUACUCUGACCGGCUACGGCAUGGUUGCGUCAAUGUGCGAAGAAGUCCAGAUGCCGGAACGAGAAGUGCCCAAAGCCAUGGUCCUUUCUGUAGCCGCAGCGGGAAUUACUGGUAUCAUUUACUUGAUCCCUAUCUUAUUCGUUCUCCCGGACGUUACUUUGCUUCUUUCAGUUGCAAACGGCCAGCCUAUCGGUCUUGUUUUCAAGACAGCUACUGGAUCCGCCGGCGGAGGCUUCGCUCUGCUCUUCUUAAUUCUCGGCAUUUUGUUCUUCGCAGGUGUAGGUGCCCUGACAGCAGCUAGCCGUUGCACUUACGCCUUUGCUCGUGAUGGAGCUAUCCCCGGAUCUACCCUAUGGGCUAGAGUUGACAAGCGAUUCGACAUACCUCUAUGGGGACUGGUUCUAUCCACAGUCGUGGACUGUAUCCUGGGAUGCAUCUAUUUCGGAUCGACCUCAGCUUUCAACGCCUUCACCGGAGUAGCCACUAUCUGUCUGUCGGUCUCGUACGGGAUUCCUAUCUUGGUAUCCCUGAUCCGAGGUCGAGAAGCCGUGAAAUACUCAUCGUUCUCGUUGGGGAAGUUUGGCUUCUUCAUCAAUGUAUGCACGGUUGUUUGGAUUUCGCUGGCAAUAAUAUUAUUCUGUAUGCCAACAGCCAUCCCCGUCACGCCCGUUUCAAUGAAUUAUGCAUCGGUGGUGUUCAUGGGCUUUGCAUCCAUCAGUCUCAUUUGGUAUAUCAUCAGCGGCAGAAAGAAUUUUACAGGUCCUCCUGUCCCCGUAGACCACUAUGCAGGACAGGACGGACAAGUCGUUGGAGAGGGGGUUGGGAGGACCAUAACGGGAGGUAAGAGUUAUUCAAAUGGGAGUUCUGAAGAAAAAAUCGCACCUCCGGCCAAAUAG